AUGGCUACCGCACAUCCAACGGCCUACGGUGAGGGCGAACCGCCAUCCUAUGCCAUCAUCUUCCCCGAGCGCGAUCCUGCACGCACCGACGUGAUCAAAGCCGCCUGCCGCGCCCUCGACCACCGAGACCACUCGCCCUUCGGCAGCGCGGACGCACGCUCCAUCCACCGUCUGCGCAACUGGCUCUGCUACAUGCUCAUGGUCGACUACGAAGUCGCCACAGCCUCCACCACCAUUACGCUCUCCGCCACCGACGCCGCCCACUUCGACAACCUCUUCGCCAUCCUCGAGGCAUACAGCGCCAUCACCAGUACCACCCAACCGCACCCCAACAAAAACGCCUCGUCCACCUCCACCACCACCGCCGCCAAAAACAACAACGCCGACAACGACCGCUCCGCCGCAGCCCUAGAGGCCCUCUACUGGCAGCACAUCCACCUGCCCAGCCAGGCGCUCAACCUGCCGACGGCCGCCGUGGCGCUCUGCCUGCGCCGCUUCGCCGUCGCCAAGACGGCGCCGCUCAACACGUACGCCGGCUGCGGCGACGGGCACGCCGCGGUGCGCGCGCACGGCGCGCGCGCCUGGGCCGCCAAGCUGCUGACCGACCGCGCCGUCCUCGUCCCGCGCGUCGCGCCCAACCGCGCCGUCGAGCAGGGCUUGCUGCAGGCCAUCGCGAGGCUGGGGGAGAAGUGGUUCGUGGGGCUUCGCGGGUUCGAUUGCGUGGUCGCGGAGCGCUUGGAGUCGCGGCCGUCGGGGUGGGCGAGGUGGGGGGAUGAUUACGAUGGUGGGUGGAGGCAUGAGGUCGUUGGCGCGUUUGAGCUGACGGAGAUGGGGAAGCGGUGGGAGGCGAGGUGCGCGGCGGCGGCGGAGGUGGCGGAGCAGCAACAACUACGGCAGCACUCGGGAGGUGGCGCCAGCUUGUGGGAAAGGGUGAGGCGGAACGUCGGAAUGUUGGGCUGGACGGGCGCUUCCUCGUCGGGGCAACAACGACGGCAACGGCAACGGCAGCAGCCCCGGCCGUCGAGGAGCAUGGGCCUCGCUGACGACGAUACCGACUCGUUCUCCAUCACGAAAUCUCCCGAGGAUUGGUCGGGCGAGUCCAAACGUCUUGAUUGA